AUGGCGUCUUCCAGCAGGAUGGAAUCUGACGGAGACGAUGAAGCUGAAGCUGAAGAGGAAGAGGUUGAACAUUUUGAUGAUUUCACUCUCGCCUCUUCAUGGGAAAGGUUCAUUUCUGACAUAGAAGCUGUUUGUCGGCAAUGGAUGGCAGACGGUCCAAAAAAUCUGUUGAAAAAGGAUGCCAGGGAAGUUUCAGAGGAUUUAUAUAAGGUCAAGUCGGAGUUGAAGUUUUCAGCAAAGAAUUAUUGUAUGGAAUACUACUUCGGAAACAAAAAUGAAGGCAAAGUUAUUGAUUGGAAUUCCACAUUGCAUGAUUUGCAGUUGUGUUUUGGGGUCAAAGAAUUUUUGGUAAUUGCUCCUCAAAGUGCCAGCGGCGUGGUUCUUGACGCACCUGAAGCUAGCAAGCUUUUAAGUGCAGUUGCAAUUGCUUUAUCGAAUUGUUCAAGUUUGUGGCCAGCGUUUGUUCCAGUACAUGUACCUUCUAGGAAAGCUUAUAUUGGAAUCCAAAAUAUGGGAACAGUUUUUACAAGAAGAUUUGAGGCUGAUCAUAUUGGUAGCCAGGUUCCAGUAAAACUCAUGCAUUUGGAAGGAUUGUAUGAGUUGUUGUUUCAAAAUUUGAGAGGCAAAACCCUUUUUCUUUUGUUAUUCCAAAAGUCUAUUUUUUCUCAAGCCUACUCCACAUUGGACAUUUCUAUGCAUCUUUUCAAAGUCCAUUUUACUAUGAAGCUAACCUACAGAUCCCUUCCUCAUGAUGAUGAUGUUCAAGGAGAUGAUCCAAAUGUUACUGAAUCUGAAAUAGAUCUUGGUGGUGACACUCACAAUAGAACACAGUGGGAUGAUGAUUGUCCAUGGAGUGAGUGGUAUUCUGCUGAAGACCCUAUAAAAGGAUUUGAAUUGGUUGCCAUAUGGUCAGAAAAGGUGGUUGAGAGCUCCCUGGAAAUGGCUGAACUGGAAAAUUAUUCGCCCCAUGAAGCUCAAAAUUGGAUAUUAUCUCCAGAUAUGUCUUCAAGUUUAACUGAUUCUUCCAAAGGAAACAGAAUUGGAUUUGCUUCUCAACUGUGCCUUUUGCUUGAGGCAUUGAAUAUGUCCUUUGAGGCUCAGUUUAUGGAAGAUUUUGUGUCAGUUGAAAAUCCAGGCUCCGAUAAUUUGAAAUCCUCAAUGGUUAUACCCCCACCUACAGUUAUUGAUCGUGUGCUUAAGGAACUCUUUCAUGAUGGUGCACGAUUCCCAGAUGUUGCUGCUGCUGAGCAUAAGACUGCUCGAGCUAUUAAAGGCGCACCUCUUGAAUCCCUGUUUGCACAGUUUUGUUUACAUUCUCUUUGGUUUGGAAACUGCAACAUUCGUGCUAUUGCUGUUAUCUGGAUAGAGUUCGUUCGAGAAGUUAGGUGGUGUUGGGAAGAAUCACAACCAUUGCCCCUAAUGCCAACCACUGGUGCAAUUGACCUGUCCACUUGCUUGAUUAACCAGAAACUUCACAUGCUUGCAAUAUGCAUUGAGAGGAAGCGCCAAUUGAAUGAAGACUUUCAAGAUUGUAUUGGAAGCCAGGAUCAUUCAUCUCCUCAAAUCGAGGAAGAUAGUCUAGAUGAGGACAGCUCAAGUAUAAUGCAAACACCUGGUGAAAACUUUGAUGGGAAACGUGACAGCAGCCCUGCAACAUCUGAUGAUUCUCAACACUCUGAAAACAGUGUAUCUAUAGUUAGUACUAAGUCUGAAGAUGCAGAACCUACUAAUCUAAAACCUUCAGAUUGUAUCCGGAGGGGUUCAGCUGGAGUGGCAGGGCCUAUGAUGCUCCUGAAGUCAUAUCAGAGCAUGCAUGCACCAUUCACGCAGGAGGCACCACUUAUGACAGAAGACAUGCAUGAAGAGCGGCUCCAUGCUGUUGAAGCCUUUAGCGACUCAUUUAACUUUUCUGCUCAGUUGGAGAAAGAGAUCUUAGCUUCAGACAUGUCAGCAUUUAAAGCGGCAAAUCCAGAUUCUGUUUUUGAAGAUUUUAUUCGAUGGCAUUCUCCUGGAGAUUGGGAGAGUGAUGAAACAAAAGACACUGGAUCAUCCAAGAGCCCUGCAAUAGAGGGUUCAAAAGCUGACUGGCCUCCUCAAGGACGGCUUUCAAAGAGAAUGUCUGAGCAUGGCAAUUUAUGGCGAAAAAUUUGGAAUGAUGCACCGGCGUUGCCAGCUUCUGAGCAAAAGCCAGUUAUGGAUCCAAACAGAGAAGGAGAAAAGAUCCUUCAUUACCUGGAAACGGUAAGGCCGCAGCAGUUGCUCGAGCAAAUGGUUUGUACUGCCUUCAGAGCAUCAGCAAGUACUUUAAACCGGACUAGUUAUGGAGGCUUGAGGCAGAUGGCAACCAAAAUGGAUCAACUUUACAUUACUAUGACAUCUGCAUUGAGGCCUUUGCAAGCAAAUCCUCUAUCGCCUGGCAGUGAGACUAUUGAAGACAUAAGACGGCUGUGUGGUGUUUUUGAACAUGUUGAGAAGCUACUUGCUAUUGCAGCUUCUCUUCAUCGUAAGUUCUUGCAAGCCCCACGCCUCUCUGAAGCAAUAUUUUCUGACUGCUGCAGCUUUUAUUUUCCUAGAAUGGGAACAAGCUCCUCAGGAGACAACGCUCAAAAGGAGUUUGACAAGAAGCAACCAGUAAGGGCGCACGAAAGACUGGUUGUGUCGAAUAUGUUUACACCUCCCACUGCUAACCAGUCAUGGAGAAAAGUUUUGAGCUUGGGUAAUCUUCUCAACGGCCACGAACCGAUCUUGAGGGAGAUAAUAUUUUCCAAGCGUGAUAAAAUCAGUGGGAAUCACUAUGCUGCCCGUACUCCCACAAUUUAUCAAGAAGAAGUAGAAACAUAUAGAAUGUAUACAUGUGGAACCUCAAAUGACCUUCGUGUAGCUCUUUCCGUCGUUUCAUGUGAUUAA